AUGAGCUCCUCUUCCGACUCGUCCUCCCCCGAACCAGAACUCGUGACGAAAAAGUCCAAAAAGCCCUCGAGCAAGGCAGCAGGAAAGAAGAAGCAGCUGCCGCACGGACAGAACAACGAAGGGGACAGCGACGCCGACUCCGACUGGGCGUACCAGCCCCCGCCCGGGUUUGUCUGCAUAAACCACGCGGGUGACAACGGCGAGUUCGACUGGGAUGCGGUGAAGGACGACGACGGGCUGGAGCUAUGGCUCGUCCGUGUGCCAGGCGGGCUGAAACCCAAGGCCCUGCACGGCCUCAAGAUCGACGGCCCCGCGGCCGCGGCGGACGCCAGGACGGCGCGGGUGGGCACCGUCGACCGUAGGCACGCGUCGUACGACGUCUGGGCGCUGGGCGACGGCGACUCCGUGGGCGGGGAGGAGCUCAGGGGUCUGUCCUGUCUGCUCCCGCGCAAAAAGGAGGGCGGGAGGCUCGUGCAAGCACCGCGGCCCGUCGCGCGCCAUUUGGUCAUCACGACCCAGGCCGCGUCGCCCACCCCCGUCGUCGCCCAGGACACGUCCGCACCGCUCGCGGUCGCAUUCCAGAAUCCGCCGCGGCAUAGCUACCCGCCGGAACUCUUGAAGCAUCGCUUCAUGCCAUCCGGCUCCCUAGUGUCCACCGUCGACUCGCCAGAAUCGGUGGAUGUGGAUCAGGUCGACGCCAUGCUGGAGGCAUCGCAGACGGAGGAAUCUCCUGCGAGACAGCCCGCGCCCGUCUCCAAAAAGCGGAAAAGCGACAAGGAGCACACUAAGAAAUCCAAAAAAUCGAGAGCGGCAGCAUAG